UAAAACACUGCUGUGGAAGGAGUAAUGAGUUGUUGUUCUAAUAAUUGUUAGAGUUCAAAUAUUUUGUGAUCUGAUGGACAAUUUAUUUUCUCUCCAGGAGUGUAUUGUAACCAUCCUGUCCUUCUACAGCUGCUUUCCCUUGAGUGGGUCUGAAUGAAGACAGAUGUAAAGAUGGCAUGUCCAAGGAAUUUUAAAAGGUGUAGACCUCCUGACUGAGCAGUGCUGUGAAUUUUAUUCUCUUUAAUUAGUAAACUGCUGUUCUCUCACAGGUGAAAGUCAUGAUCACGCUAACAGAACUCAAAUUAUUAGCAGAUGCCCAGUCAUCGUACCACAUCCUAAAACCAUGGUGGGAUGUCUUCUGGUAUUACCUCACCAUGAUAAUGCUGCUAGUUGCUGUGCUCGCUGGGGCUCUCCAGAUUACUCAAACCAGAGUAUUGUGUUGUCUUCCUUGCAAGCUGGAAUUUGACAAUCAUUGUGCCGUGCCUUGGGAUUUAGUUAAAGCCAACCUUAACAUGUCGGCCAACUCUACAGCACAGAUAAUCAUCCCGCUUAAAAUCCAGAAUUAUCUCCAUCGGCAGCAGUAUUCCUAUAUCGAUGCAGUAUGUUAUGAGAGACAGCUUCACUGGUUUGCCAAAUUUUUUCCAUACCUAGUGCUUCUGCAUACCUUUAUUUUUGCAGCUUGCAGUAAUUUCUGGCUUUACUAUCCUAGUACGAGUUCCAGGCUUGAGCACUUCGUAGCCAUUCUUCAGAAGUGUUUUGAUUCUCCAUGGACAACGCGUGCCCUCUCAGAAACAGUUGCCGAGCAGUCUGUGAGGAAGUUGCCAAUAGCCAAAUCAAAAGCAGCCAUUCCAUCACCUGGGAGUUCAGUAGAUAUUGGGGCCAGCAGACAGUCCCUGCCAUAUUCGCAACCUGGCUUGGAAACAACGGGAAGAGAAAAUUCAAGUGUUCUUGACAAAAAAGAAGGGGAACAAGCUAAAGCUAUAUUUGAAAAAGUGAAGAAAUUCAGAGUACACGUGGAAGAGAAGGAUGUCAUAUAUACAGUGUACAUGAAACAGAUUAUAGUGAAAGUCAUUGUAUUUGUAAUAAUAUUAAUUUAUGUCCCCUACUAUUUAUCAUUUAUUAGACUUGAAAUCGAUUGCGCAGUUAAUGUUCAAGCCUUCACAGGCUACAAAAGGUACCAGUGUGUUUAUUCGCUAGCAGAAAUUUUUAAAGUUUUGGCUUCAUUUUAUGUUGUUUUAGUGAUCUUCUAUGGCUUAACUUGUACUUACAGUUUGUGGUGGAUGUUAAGAAGUUCACUUAAGCAAUAUUCUUUUGAGAAGUUGAGAGAGAAAAGUAAUUACAGUGAUAUACCUGAUGUAAAGAACGACUUUGCAUUUAUUCUCCACUUGGCAGAUCAGUAUGAUCCUCUUUAUUCCCAGCGAUUCUCAAUAUUCCUGUCUGAUUUGAGUGAAAACAAACUGAAACAGAUAAAUCUUAACAAUGAAUGGUCAGUGGAAAAACUGAAAAAUAAACUAGUAAGAAAUUCCCAAGACAAGAUUGAACUUCACCUUUUCAUGUUAAGUGGUCUUCCAGACAGUAUCUUUGAACUGACAGAAAUAGAAGUCCUGAGCCUGGAACUUAUUCCUGAAGCCAAACUUCCUUCAGCUGUGACCCAGCUAGUCAAUCUCAAAGAACUCAAUGUUUAUCAUUCGUCACUAACGAUGGAUUAUCCAGCAGUCAGCUUUUUAGAAGAAAAUCUGAAAACAUUGCGCCUGAAAUCUAGCGAGAUGGGAAGAAUUCCGUUUUGGGUCUUUCAUCUAAAAAACCUACAAGAAUUGUGCUUAACAGGAUAUUUCAUGCUAGAUCAUCACAACUCCAUAUACAAUGAAAGCUUUCAGGGGCUAAAAAACCUGAGAUCAAUUUGCUUAAAAAACAACCUUUCCCGUAUACCUCAAGUGGUUACAGAUCUGCCUUCUUUACAACACUUAACUAUCAACAAUGAGGGAAAUAAACUCAUAGUGCUAAAUAACCUGAAGAAGCUGAUAAACCUGAGAACCUUGGAAUUAAUCUGCUGUGAUUUAGAGCGCAUUCCCCAUUCCAUUUUUACCCUAAACAAUUUGCAUGAAAUCGACUUGAAAGAAAAUAAUCUCAGAACAGUGGAAGAAAUAAUUAGUUUUCAACAUCUUAAGAACCUUUCUUGCUUAAAAUUGUGGCACAACAUUAUUUCAUACGUCCCAGUGCAGAUUGGUGCAUUAUCAAACCUGGAACAAUUGUAUCUAAAUUAUAAUAAUAUUAAAAAUGUUCCAUUGCAGCUAUUUCUUUGUAAAAAAUUACAUUAUUUGGAUCUUAGCUACAAUAAGCUAACCUCCAUCCCUGAAGAAAUCGGUUAUCUGACCAACCUGCAGUACUUGGCUUUGACAAAAAACCAUAUUGAAGUGCUGCCUGAUGGAUUAUUUCAGUGCAAAAAGCUGCAAUUUCUUCUGCUGGGAAAUAACAGUCUGAUGAAUUUGUCCCCUUGUGUGGGUCAGCUACUGAAUCUUGUUCAAUUAGAGCUCAUUGGAAACUAUCUUGAAUCACUUCCUGCUGAACUGGAAGAAUGUCAGUUCUUAAAGCGGAAUAAUCUCAUUGUAGAAGAAAGGUUGUUAAAAACACUUCCACUUCGCGUAAGAGAGCGUCUGCAGGCGUGCUCAGAUAAGUGCUAAGUUUAAAAUGAAACUCUGCAUCAUUGCAUUUUAUAAGCCUUUUGCUUAAUGUCUCUCUAAAGAUCUGUGUAAGUAUAGAGAUGUGAGGGAGAGAUAACAGUUUACAAAUCAGUCUUAAAUGCAUUGAACUGGAUUGUAUUGGAAAAGAAAAAUUUACUUAGAUUUGAAUAAAAAAAAAUCAGCCUUUAAUAGGUAAUCAUAUGUCUGAAAAAUCUGAAAUAUGAGUUGUUGGUUGGAUUCUACUGGUUAAUUCAGUUAAAUGUUUAUGAUAGUAUUGAACUGGAAGAGUUGAUUGCCUUGCUAUAGUGAGAGUGUAUAUACUUUUUUCCUAUGGGAAUUUUUUCUGUUGAUAGUGAUAAUUUUAAACAGUUUCAUCUCCUGCCAUAUGAGAUCUAAGAACUGUCUGGAAUUAGUUUCUAAAUAUGAACUCUUCACUAACUUAGAAUAUGUUAAAUUAAGAGUUUAAACUAUUUGAGCAGUUCUAUUGCAUGGGGUAUACUGAAAGUAAUUUUUCAACAUACCUUAAUUUUUAAAGCUUUUGAGAAGUACUGAGCAUUAAUUCUCUAAUUGUGGAAGAUAACAUUUGAAUCUUGCUAUUAAAACCAAUUGGACAAUAAUACCUGAAACCAGUUUCAGUAUUUUGUCUUGAAAAUAGUAAAUGCAAAAUUAUUUGCUGUCCAGAAGUUGGGAGGAAUCAGAAGGAUCUGGAGUAACUGUUGUGUGCAUGUACUAAACAAUAAGUCUUACAGUACUGAUCUUCAUAGGUAACGAUGGCCAAUGGAACAUGAUAUAGUUGCAAAGUUGUCUUCUGUAUGUUGUGAGCAUCCCAGGUGUUAGUGUGGUGUAUGUUGCUGUUUAACGUUUUUUAUAACUUCUCAUUACAGACUGCCUCAGUGCUUCUUCUCCACACCCAGUUACCCUAUUUUGGUGGCUGGGGAGAGGAUGAAGGAGGUUUGUAUUGGAUAGGGACAGAAAGACAGUUAAAACAGACCAAAUAAUCACACAGCAUAUAAGCACUUAGGAGGGAAAAAACCAGGAAGCAUUAUAAGCUUUGAAGCUUUGCCUCUUCUAGGGAUGUAAUAAUUUCGUAAGUUGUAGUGGUGGAAUGAGUUCUUAUGCCAUCCUUAACACUUGAAAAACUGGAUGGAAAUAAAAUGGUUCCUGACUUCA